AUGACUACAGCAUAUUCAGUACAUUCGAAUGGAUGUGUUCAUCAGUUAAUCAAGUCAAAUAUUGAUCAUUCAUUAGCAAAUACGACUAAUAAAGUUAGUAGUAAUAGCAGUAAUUUUGAUACGAGCAUAAACAGUCCCUCAAGCACAAUCACAACUGCGGCAGCACUCUGUAAGGCGCCUUCUGAUUGCGGCGGCUCUUCGUCGGGUCUUGGUGGUAUGACCAAAACCGAUAUCGUUUCUUCGGACGAAUCUUCGUUAGCAAGGUACGUUUCGUUCAUCAUGUGCUCGAAGUUAGAAGAACGUUUCAUAAAGUUGUGCAAUCAACUACUUUUUGAUGUGCGUUGUCUUUAUCUAUGA